GAGCGCUUGCUUGAGAAUUUCACGAGACAAAAUCAGUCAUAAUCGAAACGCGGCUUGAACAACAUCAAAACCUACCGUUGCAGAUUAAAAAUUUUAUAAUCAACGCUACAUCGAUCUUUCAACGAAGAAGAGAUUUUGGCACGCAGAAAGUAUGAUUACAUUCAAAAUUUCAGCACCGGGUAGGAUUAUCUUAUGCGGAGAGCAUACGGUGAUGUAUGGAAAACAAGUUGUGGCGGCCAGCUUAGGUCUUCGUACCACGCUCAAAUUCCGCCAACUACCUCUAGAGUCAGGAAUGAUUAAGAUAGAAUUCCCCCAUGUCAAUAUGUCGUUAGACAUACCUUUACAAAUGAUUGUAAACUUUACUUCCCGCGAAAAUUAUAAUAUUAUAAUCAGUAAUUAUAUCCAAUUCCUUGAAGAAGUGGGAUAUUUUAUCACUUUCAACGGUUUAUGGAGCACAUAUGAGCAGAGAUUUAGCUUACAAAUUUUCUUUUUUCUCCUAUUGAUUAUCGCUCGAAAGGAAGAACUCGAUAUACAACCUUUCCGCGUACACUUGUCCACGGAAUUAAAGAUGAACGCUGAUCUUGGCAGUUCGACGUCGUUCGCGACAUGUCUCGCGGCGUGCUUUUUACAUUGGUCGUGUCUACAGAAAGGUGACCACAAUGGAUUUACUCCGGAAGAAUUGGAACGAAUUUCGGCAUACGUGAUGUCCUCUGAGGAAGAUAUACAGAAUUAUGUGUUCAAGCAGGAUCACAUGGUGUGCACACACGGUCGUGUAAUAGCAUAUCAAUGUAGAGAACCGCUAGACGCCCAGAGUGAAAUGAUAAAUACGCCACAAAUGUAUAUUUUGCUGGUUGAUGCAAAUUUUAGCCAAAAUAAGAGGCAACAAAUAAAACAAUUGGCCAAAAGGAAAUAUAAAGAUGGCAUCGCCACCAAUGUUCUUUUAGACCAGAUCGAUUACAUAUCGAAAGAGGUUGUUGAAAUACUCCGUAAGAUCAGGGAUCAGAAAACAAACACGAAUUUACAAUCAUUAUGUGAUCUACAGGCGAAAUUGUCCUCGAAUCAAAAUUUGCUGCGUCAGUUGGAUUUAUCGCAUUCGAAUAUCGAUUUGAUUUGUACAAUUGCAGAAUCUUGUGGAUUCAGGGGAAAACUCACAGGAGAUGGAGCUAGGAAUGUAAUAAUUCUAUUACCGCCGAAUUAUCAUGCAGAAAACAAUGAUAAAGUAUAUAAUCUUAAAAGGUGCUUGGGGGAUGAAGAUUUUUUUGGCGAAGUUGUUACAAUAUCUUGCACGGGAGUGCGACUUGACUAGAUACAUUAAAAUUGCACAUAAAUAAUUGCAUAAUCUGAUUAAUUAAAUCUUAAUAAUUUAGCAAAAACAAUGUAGUGAAAUUAUGAAUGUUAUAAUAUUAUAAUUAUAUUUUAUAAUCGAGGAAGGAAAAACAAUACACAA